AUGAAAGUGGAUGUGAAAAAAGAGGAAGAGGCGUUCCCUUUUUGUAGCCCAAAGAGGAUAAUGCAAAAGAAGAGAGAAAAGGGGACUGGAGGAAUGGGAUUCUGGAUGAGGGGAUUCUGUUUGCGUGACAAGUACCGAGAUAAACGGGGAAGCAGUUUGGAGGAAGAGCAUUUCAAUGAGACGAUGUUCUUUGCGAGCUUGAGAGCAUAUUUCAGCUCCGCAGAAAUUCACGAGGCAGCUGUCUACGGCUGCGCCAUCGGGUUGCUAAAACCGAAGCCUUGGAAACCUUGGGGGUAUAAUGCGAAGAAGAAGAAAUGGAGAGUCGAAGGGCCAACUGGAGCAGUCCGAAAGGGUCAAGAUGGUAAUCGCUCGAACGCCACAAGGAUGAAACGGAAAUGUGACCGAAAUGCCGAUGCCGUAGGGAAUUCGAAUGCCUUAAUCAAUAACGCCGUAAUUCUGAUUCACCAUGAGCACAGUUGA